GCUGCGUCAAAGUGAAAGAAACUCACUCGUAUCUGAGAGAAAGUGUCGCUCGUGUGUGUGUUUUUCUUUCUUUUAGUUUUUUUCUCCAUUGUUUAUGCCCGAAUGUUUGCCUUCAUUUCAGCCUUCAGGGACCGUGAAAGCCGCCCGUCUCCGUUAUGUAGCUUUUUGUCUUGACCCGGAUAGACAAGAUGGCGUCUAUUCCAGAACAGCUCCUGGAAACACUGGAUGAGCUGGAAGAAAACAAACUAAAGAGGUUUAAAUGGCAUUUAAAACAAGAAGGGUCCAUUUCAGCUGAUGAACUGGAAAAUGCAGAUGCCAUUGACACAGUGGAUCUGAUGGUGGAGCGUUAUGAACCAGAAGAAGCUGUGAAGAUCACACUGAACAUCCUGAAGAAGAUGAAAUACCGCAAGCUGGCUGAACAGUUAGAAAACAAGAACAAGGAAGUGCAAAAUACUCCAGUUCAGACCAUUAGUCCCUCUCAGACGGGACUCAGUGUUGAUCUGAAUGCUGAAACAGGUUCAACUGUAAAUGCUCCUGUAAUCAAUGGAAACAUUAUCUCGGGCCCAGUUACCAUCAACUUCACCUCAAAUACUGGGCUGCAAACACCCACAGAAGGACAGCUAUCUGGGAAACAUGCAGGAAAACAUGAAUAUGAUGUUUUUCAAAAAAUCGUGACAAAUCACAAAGACUACAUGAAGGAGAAAGCUGAAUCUGUUUUUGAGGGCAAAAAAGAAAAUAAAACACAUCUCAAGAAAGUUUACACUGAACUCUUUAUCACUGAAGGCGAUUUUACAGACGUCAAUCAUGAACACGAGAUUCUGAAGAUCGACAGAGCUUUCAAAACCUCAAAUUGUGAGGACACGCCAAUCAACUGCAAUGACAUAUUUAGCUUAUUGAGGCAAAGGGCGGAGGGUAACAUUGUUCUGACCAAGGGAAUCGCUGGCAUUGGAAAAACCUUCUCUGUGCACAAGUUCAUUAUGGACUGGGCUGAAGGAAAAGCCAAUCAGCAUAUAGACUGCAUGUUCCUGCUUCCAUUUCGUGAUAUUAACUUGAUUAAAGAUAAAGAGUUCAGUCUCCAUGAGUUCCUACAAGAAUUUCAUCCUCAACUGGAAGAGCUCAAGGAUUCAAAGUGGUCUGAACGUUGUAAGCUUGCAUUUAUUUUCGACGGACUCGAUGAAAGUCGUCUUCCGUUGAAUUUCAAUUGCAAAUCACUUCACUGUGUUAAUAGACGGUCCUCUGUUGAUGCUUUGUUUACAAGUUUAGUCAAAGGGAAACUUCUUCCAUCAGCUCUCAUCUGGGUGACCUCCCGACCUGCAGCAGCCAAUCAGAUCCCUCCUGAGUAUGUGGGAUUGUUCACAGAGGUGCGAGGAUUCACUGACAAACAGAAGGAGGAAUACUUCAGAAACAGAAUCAAUGAUGAGACUCAGGCCACCAAAAUCAUCUCACAUAUCAAGACAUAUCGUAGCCUCUACAUCAUGUGCCACAUUCCUGUUUUUUGCUGGAUAUCAGCUACUGUUCUUCACAAAAUUCUCAUCCAGAACAAUGGGGAGGACAUUCCUACAACACUUACUGAAAUGUACGUCCACUUCCUGCUAAUACAGAUGAACAUGAAGAACCAAAAGUAUGAUGAAAAAAAUGAAAGAGAACGCUCAAAGCUAUUGGGUUCAAACAAAGAAAUUAUCUCAAAAUUGGCUAAAGUGGCAUUCGAACAGCUGAGGAUGGAAAAUGUUAUGUUCUAUGAGGAGGAUAUGAAAGCUUGUGGCAUUGACAUUAUUGAUGAGUCAGAGUCUACUGGAUUAUGCACAGAGAUAUUUAAGAAAGACUCUGUGCUUCAUGAGAUGAAGGUUUAUUACUUCAUACAUCUGAGUGUCCAAGAGUUCCUCGCUGCUCUGCACGUGUUUCUCUGCUACCUGAACAAGAACAUGGAGGAGCUAAAUUUUUUCCUGGAGAAUUCACGUUCUGAGGAAGACCUGCUGUACAUGUUGCUGACGAAAGCAAUUGACAAAGCCAAGGCGAGCGAGAGGGGGCAUUAUGAUCUUUUUAUUCGGUUCUUGCUGGGCAUUUCUCUCGAGUCUAAUCAAAAACUCCUCACAGGCUUGUUGACACACACGGAGAACAGUAAAACAAGCAUCAAUAAAACAAUCGAUUACAUCAAGCAUUUGCAAAACAAUGAUAAGUGCCCUGAAAAAUCCAUCAACCACUUUUUCUGCAUCCUCGAGCUGCAGGAUAGAUCCCUGUACCAGCAAAUCAGGAAAUAUCUCAGUUCAAAUGUCAUAGACAAUUGUCGGAAGAUCUCUACCUCAAACUGCUCAGCACUGGUCUAUGUGCUAUUGAUGUCAGAGGAGGUGCUGGAUGAGUUUAACCCAAAGAAGAUCAGCCAAAUGUAUGCAGGAUGUAGGAGACUGGUCCCAGUAAUGAGAUGUUGCAGAAGAGCUCUGUUUUCAGACUGUGGACUGACAGAAACAUGCUGUGAAACUGUGGCUUCAGCUCUUCAGUUAGAGGGCUGCCCCCUGAGCGAGCUGGACCUGAGUGACAAUUACAGUAUUGAAGCUGGAGUGAAACUGCUCUGUGCUGGACUGAAGAGUCCUCACUGUAAACUAGAGACACUGAGGUUAGCUCGAUGCCAUUUUGGCCUGGACAGCUGCAUGGAGAUAAUGUCUGCUCUCAAGAGGAUCUCAUGUCGUUUCAGUGAGCUUGACUUCAGUAGCAAUGAUCUGCAUGACUCUGGACUCCAACAGCUCUUACAUAGAAUGGACAGCAAAGAGGGAAAGCUUAAAAUUCUGAGAUUGAGCUGGUGUAACCUCUCUGAGAAGAGCUGUGAGGUCCUUUCCUUGAUUCUCAGCUCAGAUUCCCUCCUGAGAGAGCUGGAUCUGAGUAACAAUGACCUGCAGGAUUCAGGAGUGAAGCUGAUCUCUGAUGCACUGAAGAUUACAAACUGUAAACUAGAGAUACUGGGAUUAUCUGGUUGUAUGGUGACCAAAGUUGGCUGUUGUUAUCUGGCUUCAGCUCUGAGUUCAAACCAUUCAUGCCUGAAAGAGCUGGAUCUGAGCUACAAUCAUCCAGGAGAAUCAGGAGUCAGUCUGCUCUCUGAGAGACUCAAUGAUCCAAAAUGCAAACUGGACAAACUCAAAACUGAUCCUAAUGGUCAACACUUCAUCAAAUCAGGGAUAAGAAAGUAUGCCUGUAAUCUUACACUCGAUCCAAACACAGCACACGUUGAGCUCUUGCUCUCUAAUGAAAACAGACAGGUGACACGAGUAACUGAGAAGCAGCCAUAUCCUGAUCAUCCAGACAGAUUUGAACCCUGUCGCCAGCUUCUGUGUCAAGAGAGUCUGAGUGGACGCUGUUACUGGGAGGCUGAAUGGAGCAAUUCAAAGGGGGUGGUGGGGGUGACGUACAAAUGCAUACCUCGCAUAAAUGAUAAUCUUGUUAUGGUAGGGGACACUCAGCUUGGAAACAAUGAUGUGUCAUGGAAGCUUACCUGUGGGUUGAUUACAUAUGUUUCUCACAAUAAAGUGAACAUUAAUAUAAAGGCUCCAAGCUCUCGUUCGUACAGAGCAGGAGUGUAUGUGGAUUCGGCGGCCGGCACUUUAUCCUUCUACAGCAUUUCUGACACGCACACACUCACACACUUACACACGUUUAACACCACAUUCACUGAACCACUCUAUGCUGUAUUUAAGGUGGAUUGUGGCACUUUGUCCUUGUGUCAGAUGGAGUAACCUAAAGCCCUCUUCAGAAUAACAUUAUUUAUCUAUUAUUAAUCAGUCAUUUCAUCUGGAUUUCAGUACAAAUAUCUAAACCUUGUUAAAAUCUUUAAAUCAAGAUAUAUUUACUUGAAAAGUGAAGUCACACUUUAAGAAAUUAAGGCAAUUUUUUUUAAUUAUUAUUAAAGAUUUAGUGAGGUUAAUGCUUGGGGUAAGAAAAAUGUGGUAAGAAGCUUGUUAAUAAUACUGUUAUAACUCUGGAUAUGAGCUGUUUCGUGGUUGCAUGUUACUUUUGAUUUGUGUGUAUGGGGUUUGUACUGUAUGUUUUUAUCUGGUUUCUGCAGUACUUGUGUUAGUCCAUGAAGAAUUUCCCAGUAAAGGGACAAAUAAAGUAAUCUAAUAUAAUAAAGUAUGUCAUA